AUGGCAGUAGCUGCCGUUCUGGCCCGGCGGUCAGCCUCCAAAAACGAGCUUCAAGAUCCCUACAACCACUUGGUGUCCUCGAAGAACAGCAGCCGCAGUCUGAGCAAAAGCCCGAAGAGCAGCCGCAGUGGGGAGGGCCCGGCCUUGUUCGGUGCCGAAGAGGUGAAAUCCCAGGCUGUCUCGACCGUGUCGAAGCGUGAAGUCGACCAGGACGAGUUUCAGGAAAUUCUGGAGGAGCAAGGACUUGCCGAUUUCAAGGAGGAGGAGCCAAUCAAACCAAAGAUAGUGGAGAGGACUGAGUUCGAAUCUGCAGUUGGCAUAUUGAUUGCGCUCAACUCCCUGGUCAUGGGCCUGGAAGCCGACGCAACCGAAAAGAGAGCUGUUGGAUGGAUCAUUGUGGAGAACUUCUUCUGCCUCCUCUGGAUAACAGAAAUGCUGCUGAAGCUCUGGGCUUUCCACUUGGCUUACUUCAGAAGUGGCUGGAACGUGUUCGACUUCAGCCUUGUCCUGCUUAACAUCUUCGAGACUUGGAUCAUUCCUUCACUUGCAAUCGAAGAUCUGGAUGCCAUUGGGGUUCUUCGCAUAGUUCGAGUUCUUCGAAUACUGCGGCUGUUGAGACUGAUUCGCUUAAUGAAGCUUUUCAAGAACCUCUGGCUCAUCAUCGUUGGGUUCAGGGAGUCCUUGAGCACGCUCUUUUGGGUGCUGAUGCUCCUGUCUGUGGUUGUCUACGUGUUUGCAAUUUUUUUGCGCCUUACGUUAAGCUGUUCUGAGCAGCAUCCACGCUGGCUGGAGUGUGAUGACUACUUCGGAAGUAUGCCCAAAGCGAUGUAUACAUUGUUUCAGAUCAUUACGCUCGAGUCCUGGAGUCAGGAGUUUGCCCGGCCGAUCGUGAAACAACAGCCAAUUUUCUUCGUGUUCUUUAUGUUUUUUCUGUUUCUGACCACCUUCGGGAUUUUGAACAUCAUUGUCGGCGUUAUCGUGGAAAACACCCUGAAUGCAGCGAAGCAGAAUAUGGAGCUACAGGAACGGCGGCUUCAGCGGCAGCUUCGGCAGGAGUUGGAGAGCAUCCGCAUACUUUUCGAAGAUGCUGACUGCGAUGGCAGUGGCACUCUAGAGGAGCAUGAGUUUGUCCAGAUCCUGGCAGAUGAAGCCGUCAAGAACACCCUUACGAGAAUGGAGGUGCCCGUCGACGAUCCUACUACCUUGUUCGAGAUCUUGGAUCCGCAGGGAAGUGGCUCCAUCAGCUUCCCAAUCUUCGCCCAAGGCGUACUGAGAGUCAAGGGGCCUCCGACCCAGCUGGAUAUGAAGACCAUGCAAGUCGGCGUUGCUGGAAUCUCGAGACGCGUUUCAAAAGUGGAGCAUGCGAUUGAGGAUCACAGAAAGUUGAUUCAGCAGAGCGUGCAGAUGCUGGGGCAAGUGCUCGAAGCUCUUGGCCACAAGGGCCACGUUGUUCCAAAAAAGGGGCAUCAGUAUCUGAAUGAGGAAGGUCUCAGCGCAGGCGGCGCAGGCAGCCGACUGUGCAGCCGAGAUGCAAGUGGAGAUCCUGACAGAUCUGACCAGGAUGCAAUGGAGGUUGAGAGCAUCGGCGAUGCGAAUGGGAGUCCGAAGAUGAAUAAGCAGGUGUCCAACGACAGCUUGGAGCUGUUGCGAGAAACCGCCAGCAGCUUCGAGCCUCCGGCACUCGGGGUCCCUGUGCCUCAGUUGGUGCCGAAGGCAGGAGCUCAUCUUCCUGGGCAGCUGGGUGAGUAG